AUGCAGAAUCUAGCCUUUACAUCCACGCCGUCCCCUCAGCCCCUCAGGAAACCAGAGGUGCUAGCACCUGCUGGCGGCUGGCCCCAGCUGCGCGCAGCAGUGGAGAAUGGAGCAGACGCUGUGUAUUUCGGCCUCUCCACCUUCAACGCCCGCGCUCGAGCCGCCAACUUCACCCCAGAGGAACUGGAAGAGGUGAUGAUGUACCUCCAUGAGCGUGGAGUGAAAGGCUUCGUCACAGUCAACGUCCUGGUGUUUGACGAGGAGCUCGCCUCGGUGGAGAAGCACAUCCAUCACAUUGCAGCAUGCGGCGUGGAUGCCGUCAUUGAUGUGGGAGUUGUUCGCCUGAUCAGGCGCGUGGCGCCAUCGCUGCCGAUACAUGGCUCAACACAGAUGUCCAUUACGUCAUCAGAGGGCGCGGAGUUUGCUCGUGCAUUGGGCGUUGACCGCGUCGUGGUGGGCCGUGAGCUGAGCGUGGGCGACAUCGCGCGCGUCGGCGCUGAGUCACCCGCUGAGGUGGAGGCAUUCGUACACGGCGCACUCUGCGUCUCUUACAGCGGACAAUGUUUUUCAUCAGAGGCCUGGGGCGGCCGGUCUGCCAACAGGGGUCAAUGUGCGCAAGCCUGCCGCAUGCCAUAUGGCCUCGUGGUCAACGGCGCCCUUCGAGACCUGGGCGAUAUCAAAUAUCUGCUCAGCCCCCAGGAUUUGAUGGCGCUGGACUCCAUCCCGAGCCUCAUCAAGGCAGGUGUGUCCUGCCUCAAGAUAGAGGGACGCCUCAAGGGGCCGGAGUACGUGGCAGUCACCACGCUGGCCUACAGGCAAGCUGUCGAUGCUGCCUGGGACCAGCUUGAGCUGGAGAACGCAGGAGAUGGCAGCGCAUCAUCAAAGGCUACACAGCUCGUCACAGAGCAGCAGCGGAAGGCACUCCACCAGGUGUUUGCCAGGGGGCAGGACGAGGAGCACAGGGGUCUUACGCCAGGAUUCUUGGAGGGGCCGCAGCAUCAGACACUCGUCCGCGGGCGUGCACCGAGGCACAGGGGUGUAUUAGUGGGCAAGGUGGCCUUUGUGGACGCCAAAUCAGGCACCGUCAGCAUCCAAGUUCUGGAAGGGGAUUUAAAAAGGGGAGACGGCGUGGUCUUUGAUGCGGGGGCACCCGACAAAGAUGAGGAGGGCGGCACAAUAUAUGACAUAAAGUCUGCCAAGGGGCGCAGUAAGGGCGACGGCGCAGUGGCAAAGCUGACAUUCGGACCGGGACAGAUAGACCUCAGAAACAUCAAGGUGGGAGAUCUGUUGUGGCGCAACAAGGACGCGGCAGUGGAGGCGCAGGCGCGAGCGUCCUAUGACUCACUGCCCAGCGCGCAGAUGCGCAAGGUGGCCGUGGAUGCGCGCGCGUCCGGCUCCCUCGGCCAGGCGCUGGAGCUAGAGCUAUUCAUGGGCGGCCGCCGCGUGGGGCACGCCCUCUCACAGGUACCCCUGCAGCCGGCGGCCAAGCGGCCGAUGGAUGAGUCUUCGCUGCGCGACGCCCUGGGCCAACUUGGCGAGAACACUCUCUGCCUCGGUGACCUGGACACGUCUGCAUUGGACCUCGGUGCUGGCCUGUUUCUGCCGCUGAGCGAGCUGAAGGCCGUGCGGAGAGCCGCGGCAGAGCAGUGUGUCAGAGCGCUAUCAGUGCAUAACAAGGCAGACAGCAUGGCAUCCGGCACAGUGCUGCCUGACCUCCUCGCCGCCGCCGGCGGACAUGCCAGCGGAGAGGCGGCUGCUUUGAAGCCGGAGCCGCAGCUUCGCGUGCUCUGCAGAUCCAUGGCGCAGGUAGAGGUGGCCUGCAGCGUGCAGUGGCUGCAGGAGGUCAUUCUGGACUUUCUGGAAGUCCACGGCCUGCGACAGGCAGUGGCGCUGGUCAGGGCAGCGGCCAAGCGCUGUGUCGUGGCAACACCUCGAAUUUUGAAGCCUGGAGAGGAGCGGCUUGCGCGAUUUUAUCUGAAACUGCAGCCGGACGCCCUGCUGCUGCGCAGCUCGGGGCUGCUGCAUCAGCUCAGGGAGCUCGGCCAGCCAGGUGACUACUUGCCGUCCCUGGAAGCGCACAUGCCGGUGCUGGAGGGAGACUUCUCCCUCAAUGCGGCCAACGUGCUGAGCGCGGAUCUGCUGCUGGGCCAGGGCCUCGCGCGGCUCACACCCACCCACGACCUCAACGCUGCGCAGAUGGCCGCUUUGGCCAGGAACCUGGGGCCUGAGAGGGCUGGCCAGCUGGAGGCCAUAGUGCAUCAGCACCUGCCCAUCUUCCACACGGAGCACUGUGUCUUCUGCCGCUUCCUCUCCAGCGGCAACUCGCAUUUGGACUGCGGGCAUCCGUGCGAGUCAAAUGCGCUGCAUCUGCGCGACGGCCAAGGACAUGACCACCUCGUGCUGGCCGACGAGGGCUGCCGCAACACCGUCUUCAACGCGCAGGCGCAGUCCGGGCUGUGGCAUGCCCGAGACCUGGCCUCGGCGGGUAUUGGCUGCUUCAGGGUGGAGCUCGUGGAUGAGCCAGCAGAUCAGGUGGAGCCUAUUCUGGAGGCCUACAGGGAUGUGCUGCUUGGAGAGAGCUCCCCAGGCAGAGCAUGGAAGUGGCUGGGCACUCUGCCCACCAGAUUUGGUGCGGUCGAGGGUCUGACAACCGGCUCCCUUGAGGUCAAGGGGGAGCGAGCCGCUGCCUCCCUCAAGCCAGUUGCCUGGCGAACAUGACUACGGAUUUAUAAGCGUGACAUAUAUUAUUGUAUGCUGUCGGUGGUUGGAAAUGUGGCAAGGAUGUACUGCGUUGUGGGAUCCUCUGGUUCCAUUUUGGACGGUGGCACCAUAUGGCACGGAAUGCAUGCAUGAAAUAGCUGCAAAGGACAUGGAUGGUCCUCAGCUAUGGCGAUGAUGCAUGGUCAGAGGAGCCUGCAGGAUGUUAUGUGAUCUACUAGUCUUAUGAUUGACGUCUUUGAUAGCUAACAAGUAGCCAUGAUCAGCAAAGCAACGGGCAAUAGAAGCAUGCCGGUGGCCCAUACACCGGCAAUGCAUGAGGACGUGUAUACAUACCUCAUGCUGAGGGCUGCCACUCAGUUUUCUUUUUAAAUCAA